UAAAGCUCUCAUUCUCUCAGCUGCAGUGAAACAGUGGAGAGUUUUUUCACGUUUGUAUCGACAAGCUGAUCAGUCGUGCACCAUCAACCAUAAGGAAGAGGUGAGGCUGGAAGUUGUUUCUUCCUCAAUCCGUUCAGGAUGCAGGCUGGAUGGAUGGUACUUGUUCUUUGCCUCGCCGGCCGCUUCUAUGCUUGUCUAGGAUCUAGAGAUGUGCGCAUUGUAGGAACCGGGAGGAAUCCGCUGAAAGGCAGAGUGGAGGUUCGUCACAAUGGCGUAUGGGGAACGGUAUGCGAUGACCAAUGGGACCUCUUUGAUGCCGCCGUCGUCUGCCGCCAACUAGGGUUCACGCGGGCUGUUGCUGCUCUUCAGAGAUACGGCGGCGGAUCUGCGCCCAUCCUUCUGGACGGCCUGAGAUGCUCUGGACAGGAGAAUGAUCUGUUCGAGUGCGAGGGAAACCCUGUUGCCGUACAUGACUGUAGUCACAAUGAAGAUGCCGGUGUGGAAUGCGCUAACGAUAACGUGCGUAUUGUGGACGGCCCCAGUCCCGCUACAGGGCGUGUAGAAGUUCGCUACAACGGCCGCUGGGGGACGGUAUGUGAUGAUGACUGGGGGCAAGAAGACGCAAACGUUGUCUGUCGUCAACUGGGCUUCUCUUUCGGACUUAGGGGUAUUCUGACUUACGGUGGCGGAAGCGAUCCGAUAUUGCUGGACGGAUUGGGGUGCGUGGGAAACGAGAGUUCUCUUUUCCAAUGUCCCAGCAAUCCAGUUGGAGACCAUGACUGCAGCCACGCGGAAGAUGCGGGAGUGGAAUGCGUAACACUGAAAUCGUGCAGCACGCCCCCUAGAGUCCCGAAUGGUAAAAUUAAAGCAGCAACCACAACGCCUGGGUCGUAUGCCUACGUCACAUGCAACAGUGGAUAUAUGUUCAAUGGAACUCGGUCGUACGUGGUGUGCGGAGCAGACGGAAGAUGGAUGCAACCUAUAGAUGACUGCAUAGUAAUAAACUGCGGACCGCCGCCGAAUGGAUUCAAAUCGAACGUAACGUACUCCUCGACAACUGUGAAGAGCUCAGCUCUGUACACGUGCUGGGACAAUGCAUCCUAUGUUAGCGGAAGUAGCAAAUCUCUCUGCCAGGCUAAUGGCCUUUGGUCUGGUGGACCUCGAAUAUGUGAAGCGUCGCCCACAGUUGUGGAAGCGAAACCUUGCAGGACACCAAGACCACUGCCCCAUUCGUCACUGAAUAAUACCAGCCGCAUGCCUGGAUCACGUUCCUACAUCACAUGCGAUAGUGGAUAUACGUUUGACCAUGCGGCGCCGUACGUAGUGUGCAGGAAUGACGGCUCCUGGUCGAAUCCAACCGGACGCUGCAUGAAAGUAAGCUGUGGCUCGCCCUUAGCAGGAUACAAGGCAACAGCAGCCUAUCAAUCCACAGCGGCUGGAAGCUCCGCCACGUACACAUGUUGGCCCAAUACCACAUACGUUAGUGGCAGCGAGCAUGCUAUGUGUACGGACUCGGGACGGUGGUCAGGCGAGCCGUAUGUCUGCCAAGAUAUCGACUGUGGACGUCCCCCGAACGGGGACAAGGCUUCCGUGAGCUAUCUCACAACAACACACAACAGUACGGCGACGUACACAUGUCUGAGCGACACUCGACCGCUGCGUGGUAAUCGGCAACUUGCGUGCAGUGCUCAGGGCAAAUGGAUGGGGAGACCUCUAAACUGUGAAGAUAUAUUGUGUAGGGAAUUACCUGUCAUCACCAACGGAAGCGUCCUCAUCGGCAAACGCACAAUCGGCUCUCUUGCCGCCAUUUACUGCAAUGAGGGUUUCGCAGCUGAUGGAAGUAAUCCCGUGAUAACCUGCGAGAGGAUAUCCUCAGUUGCAGCCGAAUGGACCGCAUUUACUGGUUCAUGUCAGCCAAUAGACUGCGGCCUGCCACUAGCAGGAUUCAAGUCCGUCGUUGAAUACUCAUCCACGACGCUAGAUAGUAGAGCCCAAUACACAUGUUGGGAAAACGCAACGUACAUUAGAGGCACCAGACAGUCCGUUUGCAUUUCCACUGGUCGUUGGUCUGGCAGUCUGCACACAUGUCAAGAUAUCGACUGUGGGCUUCCUCCGAAUGGGGAAAAGGCUUCCGUCAGUUAUCUUACUACAACACACAACAGCACGGCGAAGUACACAUGUCUGAACGACACUCGACCGCUGGGUGGUAAUGGGCAACUUGUGUGCAGUGCUCAGGGCGAAUGGAUAGGUACACCUCUAAACUGUGAAGAUAUAUUGUGUAGGGCACUACCUGUCAUCUCUAAUGGAAGCGCACUCAUCGGAAAACGCACAAUCGGCUCUCUUGCCGCCAUUCACUGCAAUGAGGGUUUCGCAGCUGAUGGACGUAAUCCCGUGAUAACCUGCGAGAGGAUAUCCUCAGUUGCAGCCGAAUGGACCGCAUUUACUGAUUCAUGUCAACCGAUAGACUGCGGCCCGCCACUAGCAGGAUUCAAGUCCGUCGUUGAGUACUCAUCCACGACACUGGAUAGUGGAGCCCAAUACACAUGUUGGGAAAAUGCAACGUACACUAAAGGCGACAGACAGUCCUUUUGCACUUCCAGCGGGCGUUGGUCUGGCGGUCUUCACACAUGUCAAGAUAUCGACUGUGGACGUCCCCCUAAUGGGGAGAGGGCUUCCGUGAGCUAUUUCACAACAACACACAACAGCACGGCGACGUACACGUGUCUGAACGACACUAGACCGCUGGAUGGUAAUCGGCAACUUGUGUGCAGUGCUCAGGGCGAAUGGAUAGGUACACCUCUAAACUGUGAAGAUAUAUUGUGUAGGGCACUACCUGUCAUCUCCAACGGAAGCGCACUCAUCAGCAAACGCACAAUCGGCUCUCUUGCCGCCAUUUACUGCAAUGAGGGUUUCGCAAUUGAUGGACGUAAUCCUGUGAUAACCUGCGAGAGGAUAUCCUCAGUUUCAGCCGAAUGGACCGCAUUUACUGGCUCGUGUCAACCAAUAGACUGUGGCCCACCACCGGCAGGAUUCAAAUCCCUCAUUGAGUACUCGUCCACGACCCUGGAUAGUGAAGCCCGUUACACCUGCUGGGCAAACUCAACCUUUGUUAGAGGUGACAGACAGUCCGUUUGCACUCCCCGCGGUCUAUGGUCUGGCAGUCUUCAUACUUGUGAAGAUAUUGACUGCGGGCGGCCUCCGGAUGAAUCAAAAUCUGCUGUGAGCUACGACGCGACCAUGCUCAAUGCGGAGGCAACGUACACUUGUCUGCCUGCUACACGUCCUCUGAGUGGUGUGAAGAAACUGGUUUGCAAUUCCCAGGGUCAGUGGACUGGAGACCGGCUGAUUUGUGAAGAUGUUCUUUGCGACCAACCACCGACCAUGCCCAAUGGCAAAGUAGUGACCGACAGCCGGACUAUUGGUUCUGUCGCGGCCCUGUCUUGUGACAAAGGAUUUAGAUUUGCUGGUAGCGAUCCCACAGUAAGGUGUGGGAAUGUAUCAAUGGUGUCGGCUGAAUGGACGCGAGUACAAGGAAGCUGUCUGCUAAUUCCACCAACCAUUUCGGUCAACGUCACGGACAGGAACGUCUCCAUUACUAUAUCGCAUACUAUGGAAUCAUCGGCGAUACGGCAGUAUUGCAUUGCAAUAACAACGCUGACAGUAGAUAGCAGAACCAACGUAACAUGCUACAAAGAACCCCACGUUGUGAUGCAGCGAGGGUCCCGCAAUGACGUCAUCCAACUGAACGCAUACGUCAUCACCAACGACAAUGAGAUGAGUGACGAGUCACGCAGUGCUAUUGUGCUGCCUGAAGGCUCUGGUCUCGACACUGCUUCGAGUUCGUACGCGUCAACGUCUCCAACAAUGGCCACGUCUGCGUUACCAACGGCAACGCCCUCACUGCAUCCAGCAGCUGAGCCUGCGAAGUCUGGAGCCACGCAUACGGACAAGGCAUCUACUCUUGUGCCUGUGGUGAUUGCACUGAUCCUUCUGGUGAUACUGUUAUCAGUGCUUGCUGCUGUCCUAUUCCGAAAGUUUCGCAAUGAGCGGUACGUGAACGUCGGAAAGGGUCUAACCACGGCGAAUGGAAACAAAUGGCUGCCAUUUGUCAACUCUGAUGAUGCAGGCGCUGCUAUCGAUACCUACAGUAGUAGCGACGGUCAAGAACACCGACAGGAGCAGGAGACAAAUCUGUACUCGAACAAUGCAGCUGUUGACGGCGAUUGCUGCGGGGCUACUGCUUCACAACACGCGGUUUCAUUCAGACACGACCAAGACCUGUAAUCCGAACCCAGAACACAGACACAGGUUGACCCAGGAGACUCCCGGCCAGGGUUGGAAGACCCAUGGAGAGUGGUUACCAAGCACCUCGCUCCCAGGCUCCCGCCCAGCAUCACAACAUGACCUCCAAGGGCGAAUCCUUAUCUGAGGAACCCCUUGAUGUUGGGCACCUUAGCCAGGACGACGAUAUACAAGGCCCCGAUGCAGUCUUCGUCAAUUGUUCGAAUUGAGUCAUAUCCUUUGUACUUCAUUUUUUCCACCAUCCAGUGGUGCACUUUCCUCCAGCUUUUCCUAUUGAACAUGAUUUUACAUUUUAUGUUUGACUUCUCAAAACUAGUUUGGUGCAUCCCGAACAGUUGCAGCCAUUAUUUUUUGUAAGGGUGUAGUGAUAAAUAAGUCCACUUUGUAACUUUACUGAGCUUACCACAAUUGCUAGCCCUGGGCAUCGAUAUCGGAUACCUUCCCGUAACCACCUUGCGACGGAUAGAAGUACAAGAACGACAUUUGUUCAGCCAUUUAUCUUUGUGAGGUAUAUUUUCAUUCCAAAAGCAGUUUUUUCACGCUCAUGUUACUGUCGAAAUGUGAAACAUGCUAAAUUGCUCAUUUGGUUUCUUUUGCAAUAUCUGAAUCUUGCCUUUCUUUUGUACAAUGCUCCAAUACCUUCUGAAUUCCUAUUUUGUUCAGUGCCAAAGCUUUUCAAGAGUAUCAGUUUGUCUUAAAUUGAUAGAAUGCGUUUCACGAUUACUACUGGGUGAUUCCAAUAUAUUUUUGUUUUCAAAUUUGUGCAGUGAAUGUACCUUCCCGGCUCAAUCAGGUUCCCCUUCAGAUAUUCACUCACAAAGGCCUGUACCAGGGAGCACAUACAGCGGCAAUGCUGCUGUUUCUCCCCCUUUGUCACCCUCACUAAUCUCUGCCAUCACCCUGCACACCGAAUGAUAUCCAUAUUCCGAUAUGUAGAGCUGAACAUGCACAGUACAUAGGGCAAACGAUGACCCUUAGCUCAUAUCCACCUCAGUUUUCUAUAUUCUAUAUUAUAGCCAGACCUAGUGCACUAGCCGUAUUAACUGUCGUACUUAUAUAUGCACACGUCCAAUCCCUGGCUACACUUUGGAACUGUUUUCGCUGCCUAUGUCCGCAUUUGUCUUCGCUUUGUUUUCGUUGCCAGGGCUCUCAUUUAUCUUUCCUUGCUUGCUUUCUUGCUUGCUUGUAUUGCUGAGGGAACAUAUGCUGAUUUGUA